UGAUGGAGUUUGUGUACAUUCUAGUCUUCCAAGCUUACAUUUAAAAAAGAAUGUGAUAAAGUAUUUCUAAAAACAGGAUAUCCGGUAUGCUUCAUCUGAACUAUUGGAUACUUGGAUUUGUAGAUUCAUAGCAUACGCAAUAGUUGUUUUUUUUUGUGAUCAUAUUGCAUACACACACACAGACACACUCAAGUUUAACUAGACUUAUGGUUACUAAAAUAAAAUAAUACAAUUUAGCUACGAUUUUAAUAAAUAUUAUAUUGGUAAGUAGCUUCCUUUAGUGUGGAAAAACCAAACAAUUUUGACUAAAUAAAAAAAAAAUUAGAUGAUAGAUCUAGAUUCUAGAUCUACUUGAUAUAAUAAAAUUAAAUUACGCCAACAUUAUCUAUAUUAUUUCUCAAGUUUAAAUUGUAUAACAGUCUUCAGACUAAAAGAAACAUGUUAACCUUUCAUACAUGUGGCAAUGCAACGACAAGUAAGCAUAGUGAAGCCUAUUGAAGCCUAUUUGUAUUCACUAGUUUAGGAUUCGUCAAGAAAUCUUGUUUUGUUAGGAAGUUUAUCUUAACAGAAUGUCUGAAAAUAAUGGUCAGAACAAUGGAGCUCCGGUAUACAAAACAUCUUCGGAGGACCAAACAGAAAGGCCGACGACUAAAUUCAUGGAUGGAAUCGGGCGAUCCUUGGCAGCCGUUGGUCAACUGGGCAAUCAACAAAUGCAAAUGUAUCGAAGCAAACUCAAAUCUAAACUGAACAAAAGCUUUAGCCACGACCACCAGCUUGAAGGCCGAUAUGACGACGCAGAACGUCCAUCACCCUCCAAAGAGGCCAAAGAGCUCUCUGCACAGACUGUGAUCUCCAUUUCUAAUUCUGAUGAUCGUCAAAGAUUGGGUUCAGGUUCACUACAAAUAGAAAUUCAUGAUGUUAUUCGAGCCACAUCCCCUAGGCCAUCAGCUACACCAUCGCACACCAGAAACGCAGUCCCCUACCAACAGGCAAUGUUUAAACCCGAAGACCUCAGCGGACAAACUUUAAACUUACACCAAAAGAGAGAAUUUAGGACUGCCGAUGAGCAAAAGAAAUCUUUAUUGAACACACCAGUAGGCCUACGCCCUCCGCUCUCCCUCUCAGAAGCGAGGUCAGAGUCAUCACCGGAAUCACGACACGAUUCCGAAGCGUGCCAGAAGCAACCCGCGACAAACGUUCUUGUUAGCCCAUGUCUAGAGACCAAAGAGCUUAUCUUCAGGAAGCCUUUGUGGCACAACAGUGAGUCCAAUCUGCAGACAUAUAGAUCAAGCUCUUCAGAAGACACGUUACAUGUGGCCGUCCCGUUGUUUACAAAGGAUGUCAACCAAGCUUACAAAGAUGUGUACAGACCUUCCGGUGUGCCCAAACCUCCACCGGAAGCUGUGCUUCCAAAGAGCACCAUUAUUGUUAACAGGUUUGAAAAUGGAAGCCCUUUUCUGGAUAUGAGUAAAUAUAAAUUUGCAUCUACGAAGGAAAAAAAUGCUGCUGUAAAGAAGUAUCGAAUGAGCAUUAGUCCAGAAAAGUCUUUCUCUCCUCAGCAGGUGGCCCCUGUAACCUUUACUAGCACCACUCUGAACAACCCUCCAUAUAACACAUUUUCUUAUCUACCACCUACCGCGCCGCAUCCCUCUUCAUUGACCAUGCCGCCACCAUCGUUAUCAGCCCCACCAAUGCCAGUGCCCAGCUAUUACUGGGCACAUCACCAGCCUCCAGCCACUGUUGAGAUCAUGAGUGGACAGCGCAUGGCGUAUCCUCAACAAGUUACCCAGAAUUCAGAGCGUGGUCAGUAUAGACGAUCUUAUGUGUCCAGAAAAUUAUCUUCCUGCUUCCCGUUUCUGUUUGGAGCUAAACAGUUUGAUGACAGCGAUGAGUUGCAGCAUAAUUCUUACAGACCACGCCAAGAGUCUCUCAAUAACAUGUUCCAUAGCGGACGUAAUGAGUCAAUAUAUUCGAUCUAUAUCAUUUUUCAGAGAAACAAAACUGGUAGGCCUAAUGAUUGCAAUCCGGACGACCUACUUUUUCAGAUGGUCUGCUGCUGUUGCUGGCCUUGUGGUUUAGCCGCCAAAAUCCUAGCAGCAUUGUUUCCUAGAGACGGCGGUCGCAAUUCCUGCGUUGGUAUAAUGGCUAGACAAUUGUCUCUCUGCGCCUUGUUGUUGGGUAUAGCUGUCUACUUAGUUAUAAUGAUUGUAUUUGUUGCAUUGAUACUAGUAGUUGCAGUGAAAUAAUAACACAAGUAGACCAAGUGGCAACCUUUAUUAAUGUUGUAUUGAAGAUUAGGUAGAGAAUUCUUAUAGCCAAUGUGAUGGUCAGAGUUGAAUCCUUGAUUGAGUUCCUUGAAAGGUUGAAUGGAUCCCAGGGGUUUUUAAACACAAACUCUUCAAUAAACUUUAAAAUCAGAAAAUGUGUUUGUUGUCUAAUAACUAGGUCUACAUGACACUCAUGAUGACCAGGCGAUACAACCAUAGUUCUAACAUCUGUUUUAGAUAGUCGUUCUUAU